UAAAACCAAAGGUCUUAUACCUGUUAACGUUUUUGAGCAAUUAACGUGAACCUAAAAACUAUGGGUAGCCAGAAAGACUAGAGAAGCUAAGUUAAAAUUAAAAACUUAAAAUGUCAAAACAUGUCAACACAGAGCCGGGGCAAGUUGAUACGAAAUUCAAAAGAAAACUUUUAUCUCUUAUCAAAACACUUAAUCAUUUAAUUUGUUUUUACUAUAUCAAAACUCGAAGAAUUAUUUCAACUUUUUUUCUAAGCUAAAUGCUUAACAUAAGAAGAUAGAUAAACAAAAAUAAGGACGAAUUACAUCUUUAACAAUUGAAAAAAAAAAAAUGUCUACAAAAGAUAAACUACCCAUAAAAUCGAAAUAUAUCGAACACAAUAUAAUUCAUUAUCAACAAUGUUUCAAUUGGGAUUGUGGCAUUGCAUGUGUCAUGAUGUUACUUCCAACAGAACAACGAGACUAUUUAAGAAAACACUUCACAAAAAUAUGCUUGGAUGAAGGAUUUCUACAGUCAACAUGGACUAUAGACCUUUGCUAUUUAUUAAAAAGAUUUGGUAUUGAGCAUUGCAUGUACACUAUUGUAAAGGCUGUCAAUAGUAGGCGAGCCAUCAAUGAUGGAAUAGAUUACCAGGCUUGUAAACGAGUAGAAAAUCGAAUACUUAAUGCCGAAGAAGCUGGAAUUUGUAUAAAAGAGAAAGAGUUAACUGUAAAGGAGAUAUUGUCUCAUGUAGAGUGUAAGGGUCCUGCUAUUGUGCUGGUCGACUCUCCCUUAUUGAUAUGUGACUUGUGCAAACAUAACAAGAUGAAAGCAGAGUUCAGACGUGCGUUUGGUGGUCGCUACAAGGGUCACUAUAUACUAGUGGUAGGUCACAGCGGGAAUAAAGUGUUGUAUCGCGACCCGGCAUUAAGCGCCCGACUCUGUGCAACCAGCCUUGCCCGUCUGCACGCCGCUAGACGGGCCCCCGGCACUGAUUUCGAUGUUAUACUUGUUAACAAAGACUUGAGAAGGUGUUUAAUUUGAAAUAUAUUCACUUUGUAAAAUAUGUGUUACAAUGUUAUUUUAUUUGCUAUUUUUGUCUUAAACUCAAAACUCAAUUUUUAUCGCAAUUUAUUGCUCUAUGAACUAUAUUUUUUAAUAGUACGAUAAUUAAAUUUAAAUCUAAAAUUUAGAUAAUUAAAUAAAAUGUGUAAUCGCAAUUUAUACUUAUUAUUAAAUUUAAAUUUUAUCACAGAUUAUAUACUCGAAGAAUAGAAACAUGAAACGAAACGUUCUGCUUUAUGAUCAGGGAGUCCCCGAUUAACAUUUACCAAAGCAUUUUAUUCCUUUUGUUAGACACUUAUUACCUACGGCAUAAAGCACAUAAUACAAUGUAUUUACGAUUUUAGGAAUGUCUGAAAUAAGAAUCACAUAUAAAUAAUCGAACUGCGUAAUGAGAUUUUGAAACAAACAUAUGCAAUGACGUAUAACACCAUCAUCGUAUAUUAUACACGAUAAAAUCAGUAUGAUAUUUAUGAUGCUGUUAUUACUGUUUUAAUAAUUCAUUUAUUAGGUCGUUACCUAAUAAUUGAAGUAUUAAAACAUAUUGAAACUGUAUUUGGUUUAAGUAAAAUAUACAGGUGUUCAAACAUCAGUCUUUUCUUCCUUACCCAAUAGACUAUUUUGAAUAAGCAAUUUUUUUUCUUUUUUUCCCUUAAUCUAUGUUCAAUUUACUGCCCGUUUCAAUUCAUGGUAUUUAAAAAGAAAAAAUGCAUUUAAGGGUUAACCCAGUUCAAGCCACUUCAGAGCAUUACACAAGUCUAUAAACUAAAUAGUGGAUCAAAAUGAUAUACGAAUGAGGUGUCGUAUCCUCAGUAAAGCAGGUUAGUUUUUCAGCGUGAAAAUUGUAAAAGUUUGCUACGAAAAACGAAAUAUUUAAUUAUUAUCGGAACCACUGGCAACCCUAAAUAUUAUGAUAUCCGGGAUUUUCUACCAAAAAUAGUUUACAUAUGGCCAUUACAGUUGGACAGUAAUAGUACUAGACAGGGGUGACUCCCAAAUCUCUGACGAAGAUCAGAGGACAUCGAGGACAGAACGAAGUGGAAGAGUGAAAAAA